AUGCAGGAAUCGCUCAAGCUAUUUGAUUCGAUUUGCAAUAGUCCGUGGUUUGCCGACAUCCACUUCAUCUUAUUCUUGAAUAAAAAGGAUCUAUUCGCUGAGAAAAUUCAACGCAGCCCCUUGACGAUCUGCUUCCCAGAAUACAAAGGCCAACAGAAUCAAACAGAAUGCAUUAACUACAUUCAAUGGAAGUUUGAACAACUGAACAGGUCGUCACAAAGAGAAAUUUACUGCCAUCACACUUGCGCUACCGACACGAAUAAUGUGCAAUUCGUGCUGGAUGCUUGCCUCGACAUGAUAAUCGCCAAAAACCUCAAGAGUAUGGGAUUGUGCUGA